UCAGAACGACAAACCAACUCUAAUGAGGGAUCGCCGCAUUGGACAGCUGUCCGAGUUAAAAGGACUAGUGAUGACAACAGACUCGGCGAGUCUAAAAUCUUCCGAGGGAACAUGCAGUUCGAUUGGAGACGAGCGAGAGAAGGCGAAGAUUGUGCAGAAGCUAAUUGAGAUCAAAGACAAGCUACGGGCGUUGAACGAGAAACGUGAGGCUGACGUCGAAAAGUUUCUCUCCAUAACGCGACAAUCAGAAAUCUCUCGCGGAGUUGGAGCAGAUAACCCUCAGAGAGCCCGUAUUCGCAACAAUUUUGAGAGGCAGAACAGAAAACAUGCACAUGAGACUGAAAUGCUUCAGAAGAAACUUAUCGAUUAUGAGGAGCGCUUGAAAUUGGUUGACAGUGGAGAAUAUGAGCCCAGUCCGACGAAAUCGCGAGUUUUCCCGACUGGAAUCAGAAAAGCAAAAGGAAUGACUGAAACAAUGGUGAAUGCUCCAAUCGAGUUUGCGCAACGUGUCAAAUCAGCUUUUUCGGCGGAUAAUGUGAACAGCACGCAAAACGGAACAACAGGAGCUCCGAAAACUGGUCAGUCUACAUUUUUCACCACUCGCAAAAGUGCCGACACGGAUGAAGUGGAGAGCAAUGCCGUACAUAAGAAUCGUGGGGCAAAACGUAAUAGUUCGACUCUUCCGCCAAACUUAUCGCUUACAAGUCCUGACCCUCUCAGUGCAUACAAGGAAGAAGACAGUUCUGAUCCAGAAUCUCGCCCGGGAAGUGCUGCUGAUGAGACAUCAAAUGUGCCGUAUCACACUGCCGACAAUAGCCUUUACCUGCCUCCAAAUCACCCCUAUCACUCUGCUCAUGCUGCUCCCAGCGAAGAAGGAUUUAAUGCCAUCCAUGAGCAUCUCAACAGUAUCCUGCAACACUUGAUGCUUAUUGAUAGAAAAUACGACAGACUGGAGGAUGAUAUCAAAAAGGAGAUCAAAUUCUACGCGGAGGCUUUGGAAGAGGAACGAUUCAAGACGACGAAGCUCGAAGAAAUUCUGAACGAGGCUGUUGAGUUGCAGCAAGCUGAGAUUGCGACACUGAAGGAGCAAAACCUGAUGGCGACGCGUGUGGAUUAUCAGCACAAUGACCGGUUCAGGAAUGUUGAGGAGAACAUGGAGUCACUGCAGAAUCAUCUUGUGAGAAUCGAGAAUGCAUUGAUGGACGUCAGACAAGUCAAGCUGACGAGUAAUGUGUGGCAACGUGUUGCUCUCAAUGCAGGAAAUAUUGUCGUAGAGCUGCUGAAAAUUGCACUGUUUGUCGUCGCGUCGAUCCUUGAUUUGGUUCGCCCUUUGACUGGUUCCAGAAAUCGCUCUGCAAUGGCAUUUGGACUCGUUUUCCUGGCCAUUUUCUUUGGGCAUCAUCUUCAAAAAGUGACCUACCUGUUUGGAGGCAGCACUCCGGAUGUAAACAAGACUGGCGGGCCCACCAAGUAAUCAUGUUUCUCACGGUUUAUCUUCUCAUGUAUCAUUUUGCCUCUAAUCAUAUUUUGCUCAUCUAGUCAACGACAACUUCAACGCUGUUUGUGACAAGCACUCUAGGAAAGACAGUUGGAUAAAUGGUGUGCUUUUGGCUUUUUCAAUUUACACUCAAAAUUAAGUAGUUUUUCCAAUUAUUGCCACAUGUUUUUGGCAAAAAGUGCACCAUUAUCUUACAGCCAUACCUAGUCAGUAAUUUUUUUCUGGUCAUUGCAACAUUUUUUCAUAGAGCAGGUGCAUAUUGUGUCUGUUAUAGUAGUUUGAUAUUUUUGCCUGUAUUCAUGACAUUCCAUAUUCCACUUGUUUGUACUUUUAUCCUGAAAUUUCAAUCCUAAUUUUCUUUUUCGAAAUUGCUUCGGUUUUUGCUUGCUGGUCAACCGAUUGAAAAUUUAUUUGUCUCAUACCUAGUCGCAAAAAUUGUGAAUAGUACAAUGUCAUCAUUAACUUUUUUCUCCACUUCUUUAUUGUUAAUGCCAUCCAUACCCCUAUACCAAAGAGCUUUGCUAGUUUUUCAAUUACUAAUUCCCAUUUUCUGUUUAUUCACCUGUAAAUGGUGAACGAAAAGAAAAACAUUGUGGGAUAUUGUGUGGUUUUUUCCUUUUCGUUUCCUCAGUUUCUGUUUUAUUUUUCAUGUUUGGGUAAAUUUAAGCGUCAGUUUUUCAUUUGAAGAUAAAAAGUCUCUAAUUUGUGACAAU